GAGCCCGGAGCAGCAAGCGGAGCGCUGGGCUGGGGCCGGAGCGCAGCGCAGAGGGAGCGCGGCCGCCCCAGCCCAAGUCCCACCGCCCGGCCCCGGGGCCGCCGCGCCAUGGAGCCCGACAACAGCCCGCGGAAGAUCCAGUUCACCGUCCCGCUGCUGGAGCCUCACCUGGACCCCGAGGCGGCAGAGCAGAUUCGGAGGCGUCGCCCCACCCCUGCCACCCUCGUGCUGACCAGUGACCAGUCAUCUCCAGAAGUAGAUGAAGACCGGAUCCCCAACCCACUUCUCAAGUCCACUUUGUCAAUGUCUCCACGGCAACGGAAGAAGAUGACACGGACCACACCCACCAUGAAAGAGCUCCAGACAAUGGUUGAGCAUCACCUAGGGCAACAGAAGCAAGGAGAGGAGCUUGAGGGAGCUACCGAGAGCUCAGGGAGCCAGGAGUCCUGCCCACCUGGGAUCCCAGACUCUGGCACGGCGUCACGGCUGGGCACCUGUGGGACAGCACAAAAGCCUGCAGAAUCCACCCCUAAGACUCAGGAGCGGUGCACUGUGGAGCCCAGCACAGAGAACCCCUCAGUCCACAUGCCACCACUGGAUUCCCAAGGAGUCGGCCCGGUCUGAAAGGAGUUGGUAUCCUGGCACCACCACUGCAGUGUGGGAACCCGUGGACACUGGAUGUUUCUUAUUUCUUCACUUUUGGGGAAAAAUCUCUUUUUAAAAAGUGAUAAAUUUGGUGUUAGGUC